AUGUAAAAUGAUUCAAAUGAAUAAUUAAUAAACUAAUAGGAAUAUAAAGAGAACUAGCAACUAAUCUAAGAAUUAUAUUAAAAUUGUUAGGUAUAUAUAAAGUUAGAUUUGCUAAUUAGAUUAUGUUUGGAGAGAAUAAGAUAGAUGAUGCCUUAAAAUUGAUAAAUUAAGCUUUGACGCUCAAUCCUUAAGAAACUAAGGCUUUAGUAUUGAGAGGUUACUUAUUUACAUUAAAACUUCAGGGGAAUUAUAUUUGAAAAAAAGAAUGAAUGAUCAGGCAAUUGAAGAUUUAACAAAAGCUAUUGAAUUAGGAGCAACAAAUGAAGAAACUUUUUACCAUAGAGGUAAUGUAUAGUAUAAAAUUUAGCUACGGGAUUUUAUAAGAAAAAUAAGUUUACGGAAGCUUUAAAUGAUUGCGAAAGAUGUAUUCAAAUUAAUCCUAAAUAUGCUUUGGCUUACAUGAGAAUAGGUUAAAAAGAUUUCUAUAGUUAGGAUGUGUGAAGAACUCAAUUGGAAAUAAAGAUAAUGCAUUACAAUAUUAUAAUAAAGCUAUUGAAAUUGAUGAUAAGUGUAUUUUGGCAUAUUGUAACAGGGGUAUCAUAAUAUUAUGAUGAAUAGGAAUUUUAUUUAAAAAUUAAGGAGAAAAAGACUAGGCGCUCUAAGAUUAUAACAAGGCUAUUGAAUUGGAUUCAUAAAAUGCUAAUGCAUAUAUGCAUAGAGGUUCCCAGAUUUUUUAAUUUAAUAGGAAAUUUUUUAGAUGAUAUAGGAAAGGAAGAAUAAGCACUUUUAGAUUUUAAUAGAGCAAUAGAAUUAGAUCCUUAUAAUGCUUGCAUUUAUAAUAACAGAGGUGUGUAAAAAUACUAAAUAAAAUAGGGUUUCUAUAUUCUAAGGUUGGUAAGACCGAUUAAGCACUUCUAGAUUUUAAUAAGGCAAUUGAACUAGAUCCUAAUGAUUCUAAUUCUUAUUACAAUAGAGGUAAUAAUUAUAUUAUUUUAAUAGGAUAUCUUUUUGAAGAUAUUGGUAAUGAACAAUAAGCGCUCCUAGAAUAUAAAAAGGCAAUUGAUUUAGAUCCAAAUUAUUCUAAAGCAUAUAAUAAUAUAGGUAUUUAAAUUAUCAUAACAGUUAGGCCUUCUAUAUUACAAAUUCGGAAACAAAGACAUGGCACUUAUAAAUUAUAACAAGGCAAUCGAAUUAGAUCCUCAUGAUGCUUAUACUUAUAAUAACAGAGGUAAUAUAAUAUAAAAUGGAUAGGAAUGUUAUAUUAGAAUUUGGGAAAUAAAUUAGAGGCUCUUGUAGAUUAUAACAAAGCCAUAGAAUUAGAUCCUAAUAUUGCUUAAAUUUAUAGUUCAAGAGGUAGAAAGGUUGUUAUAUAUCAUAGCAUUAUUGCAUUAAAGUUUAAGAAAUAAAGAUUAAGCAAUAAUCGAUCAUAACAAGGCAAUUGAAUUGGAUCCUAAAAAUGCUAAAAAUUAUAAUAACAGAGGUAAUAGAAAUUUUUAUUAAAUAGGAAUAUUAUAUUAAAGUAUGAGGAAAUUGGAUCAAGCAUUAAAAGAUUAUAAUAAGGCGAUUGAGUUGGACUCUAAAGAUGCUAAAAAUUUUAACAACAGAGGUAAUAUUAAUUGUAAUUGAAAUAAGGAAAUCUAUAUAAAGAAAAUAACUAAUAUGACUAAGCUCUUGAAGAUUUUCUUUAAGCACUUAAAUUAUAACCAGAUAAUCCUCUUAUAAUAGCCAAUUUAGGUGAUCUUUAUUAUUUUAGGUUAAAUUAUGAUCUCUCAUUGAAUUAUUAUACACAAGCGUUUGCAUUAUUAGACUAAAUCACUCCUGAAAAGCAAGAAAAAUGGAAUUUAUCAGAGGCAAAUAUCAAAUUUAUAAAAUAAAAGAUUACUUUGUUAAAAGAAAUUUAAACUGAUAUCAAUAUUUUAAGAUAAGAAUUUUUAACAUUGCCAACUCAACUUGAAUCAAAAAACUAAACUUUAGUUGAUGUUAAAGAUAAAUUUAAUCUUGUAGAAAGAAAAUUAACAGUAUAAUUGAUGACAUAAACAGAUUCAGAAUAGCCAUAAGAAAAACAAUAAGAGUUAGACUUAUUAUAAUUAACUAAAGAAGAUUUGAAAUUGAUUAAAUAAUAAUUAAUCCAAUUAUAAUAAACAGUCGCUUAAUAGAACGAAAGAAUAACUAAUUUAGAAGAUGAUAAUAAACAGUUGAAAUAAUAGGAUGGAUUUCAAAUAUAAGAAUCUAUGAAAUUACUUUAAUUAUCAGAAAAUAAACAUUAAUUUAUUUAUUACAAAGCAAUAUUUUGGAAAUUAUAUUAUUACUUAUAGGCAAUGCAGCAAAUCUCUUCAGAGUUAUAUUAAAUUAAUAGAGAUGCUAUGAUUGAAAGUAAUUCAGAAAAAGUCUUAGAUAUAGUACAGAAGGUUUUUAAUGUUGGAUCAAAGGUUGCAGAAUUUAUUCCAGUAGCAGGGGAGGUAUUUAAUGUUAUAAAUGAUGCACUCGAUUAUGCAAUCGAAUCUAAAAAGGAAAAUAAAUUUAAGGUUAGACUGAAUAAAUUAAAUAAUAUCUUAAAAUGUUUUAAUAUCAUAAGUCCUUCAGAAUUAGAAAAUGAAGUCAAAAUAGCAUCAAUUUAACUUGCUAAGCAAUAAUAAAAAGAACUUUGUUAAUAAAAUAAUUAAUAAUUCAAUUAAUUUGUAGGUCAAUUAAAUAAAAUAGAAAAUAAAUAGGAUGAAUAAAAUAAAUAUUGGGAAAAUGGAACAAAUGAUGCUUUAGUCAUUUUAAAGUAUUUAGAGGAUAAAUCAUCUUCUAUAAUAGAAAAUUCUGAUAAAAAAUUGAGAGAUAUUUUUGUUGAUGUUGUGGAGAUGAAUAAUAAUCAAUCAAAUUAAACUUUAAAACAACAAUAAGUAAUGACAAUUUAAAAAGUUUAAAUCGUAUCAAAUCCUAAUUCAUUAUGUUCACGUAUUUGCUUAAUUUCAUGA